CAUAUUCAUUUAUUUCACCGAAUUCUUCAAUUCUCUUUCAGAUGAAGUGGCUUGUGUAAAUCCCGAUAUUUGUAUGAGUGUGUGUCAAAAUAGAGUCGGCUGCUCGAAUAUAGCAUAUCCCAAACUAGUGGUGGAAAUCUUGCCAAUGGGGUUUCGGGGGUUAAUACUGGCUGUCAUGCUGUCCGCGCUGACGACAACAUUAACCUCUAUAUUCAACAGCGCCAGUAGCAUCUUUACCUUAGAUUUAUGGACCAAGAUGAGAAAACAAGCAACGGAGACAGAGAAAAUGAUUGUAGGAAGAAUAUUUAUCCUCGUGUUGGUGGUGGUCAGUAUUGCCUGGAUUCCCAUUCUCAAUGCAGUGCAGGGGGGACAGCUGUGGAACUACUUGCAGUCAAUUUACGCGUAUAUCGCUCCGCCCUGGUGUAUGGUGUACCUCCUCGGAGCGGCGUGGAACAGAAUUACGGAACAAGGGGCUUUCUGGGGCCUUUUAGUCGGCACAGCUGUAGGGGUCACUAGAAUGAUACUGGACUGGUCGUAUCCUAAACAUGGCUGCGGGGAAGUGGACACCAGACCUGCCGUGCUGGCCGAGGUGCACUACCUCCAUUUCUCCAUCCUGAACACCGCAAUCUCUGCUAUCGCCAUUGUUGUGAUCAGUCUGCUGACCACUCCGCGGGAGCCUGCUCAGUUAGCAGGUACGACGUGGUUCACGCGGAACAGAAAAAGAAGCUCUGUACUCAGUUUACACACACAAGAACCUGGCGCUGGACCAGGCACCAACAACGAAGAACAGAAGCAGACAGAAGGUUUUGUAUAUUAA